AUGACCUUCGCUGGCAGUGGUGCUAGCAAGCGCUCUCUGACUGUGAAAAGGGCUAACCACAUUGCUGCUAGGCAUGCUCACGAGAAAGAGAAAGUGUUUACUAUACGGGAAUAUAGUGUUCCGGUUGAAGCCAGUGACAAGCUUCCCUUGGAUGAACGAGACUGGGUUUGUCCUUUUUGUCCGGCCCUGCCGACCUUGCCUGCCUAUUUAAAGACCCAGUCGGUGCAACAUCAUUAUCGUACGCAGCGCCCGAGACACAAGACCGAUGCUGCCCGUCUCAAUGUCCUUCGAUGGAAACUUGCCUAA